GCCAAACACCGUUCUGAGAUUACGAUUCAACCACUUUGCCACUGAGUGCAGCUGGGACCAUCUCUACGUUUACGACGGUGACUCCAUUUACGCGCCGCUGCUCGCUGCUUUCAGUGGGUUGAUUGUUCCGGAGCGAUACGGGAAUGAGACGGUUCCUGAGGUGGUGUCCCAGUCCGGCUACGCCCUGCUGCACUUCUUCAGUGACGCAGCCUACAACCUGACAGGCUUCAAUAUUUCAUACAGGGUCAACACGUGUCCCAACAACUGCUCCGGCCGCGGCGAGUGCCGGGUGGGGAACUCCACCACCUCCGUUUACUGCGAGUGUGAAGCCAACUGGAAGGGGGAAGCCUGCGACAUCCCAUACUGCCUGGAUGACUGCGGUUACCCUGAAAGGGGCCACUGCCAGGGAAAGAGCUGCAUCUGCAAAGCCGAAUGGCAAGGUCCGGACUGCUCCGUCUCGGUUCCUGCCAACUCCUCGUUUUGGAGCCGUGAGGAGCACCUGGAGCCCGGCCUGGCCAGGGCGUCCCACAAGGCUGUGGUGGAGCAGGGCGUCAUGUGGGUCAUCGGAGGCUACGUCUUCAACACGUCCGACUACCACAUGGUCAAAGCUUACAAUCUCAGCAGCAAUACCUGGCUGACCCUUGACCCCUCCGUCAACACGGUGACCCCUCGAUACGGCCACUCGCUCGCUCUUCACGAGGGGAAGAUCUACAUGUACGGAGGAAAGAUCGACUCAACCGGGAAUGUGUCGAGCCAGCUGUGGGUUUUCCACAUCCAGAACCAGACCUGGGUCCUCCUCAACCCGCGGCCCAAGGACCAGUACGCUGUGGUGGGACAUUCGGCCCACAUAGUGCCGCCCGCGCAGGAGUGGGACAGUCCCGUCAUGCUGGUCCUGUUCGGACAUUGUCCUCUUUACGGUUACAUCAGCAAUGUGCAGGAGUACAACAUUGUGAAGAACACGUGGAGCAUGGUGAGUACAGACGGAGCGCUGGUCCAAGGCGGCUACGGCCACAGCAGCGUGUUUGACCCCAGCACCAGAGCCAUCUACAUCCACGGAGGCUACAAGGCCUUCAGCGCCAACAAGUACGGGCUGGCGGGAGACUUGUACAAGUUUGAGGUGGACAAACGGAAAUGGACCAUUCUGAGAGACAGUGGCUUCUUCCGCUACCUUCACACGGCGGUCAUAGUGAGCGGCGCCAUGCUGGUGUUUGGAGGAAACACGCACAACGACACGUCUAUGAGCCACGGCGCCAAGUGCUUCUCCUCGGACUUCCUGGCCUACAGUUUGGCCUGCGACGAGUGGACGGUGCUGCCCCAACCGGACCUCCACCAUGACGUGAACCGCUUCGGACACUCCGCCGUCUUCAGCGACAGCGUCAUGUACGUGUUUGGGGGCUUCAACAGCCUGCUGCUGAGCGACAUCCUGACGUACACCUCGCCCAGCUGCUCGGCCUUCUCCAGCCCGUCGUCCUGCAGCCAGGCCUGGCCCGGGAUCCACUGUGUGUGGAACGGCAGCCUGGGGGCGUGCCUGCCGUGGGAGGGCAACAGCUCCAGUGCCGAGCUGCAACAGCAGCAGCCGCAGCAGCAGCAGCAGCUCCCGGCCUACUGCAACACCAGAUCAUAUGCCGAUAAUGAGAGGUGUGAGCAGUACACAGACUGCUACAGCUGCACGGCCAACACAAACAGCUGCCAGUGGUGUUCAGGCCAGUGUGUGUCUCUGGGAAGUAACUGUACCGCUGCUACGGGAUCCAUAGUGGAGUAUGACGUUUGCCCCAAAGACAACCCCUCAUAUGUGUGCAAUAAGAAAACCAGCUGCAAGAGCUGCUCUGUGGACCAGAACUGCCAGUGGGACAAUCGCAACCAGGAGUGUAUCUCACUGCCAGAGAACGUGUGCGGCGAGACCUGGCACCUGGUGGGUAACUCCUGCCUGAAGUUCAACACGACCAGCGAGUCGUACGACUAUGCCAAGCUGGCCUGCAGGAACCACAACGCCGUCCUGGCCUCCCUCACUACACAGAAGAAGGUGGACUUUGUCCUGAAGGAGCUGCAGAUCAUGAACGUCAUGUACAAGACAACAAUGACUCCCUGGGUGGGGCUGAGGAAAAUCAAUGUGUCCUACUGGUGCUGGGAGGACAUGUCGCCCUUCACCAACACCACCCUGCAGUGGCUGCCUGGCGAGCCGAGCGACGCCGGGUUCUGCGGCUACCUGGCCGAACCGGCCUCCAGCGGGCUGAAAGCGCAGUCCUGCAUCAACCCAGUGAACGGCAGCCUGUGUGAGCGACCCGCGAACCACAGCGCCAAGCAGUGCAAGACUCCCUGUGCCAUGAGGACCACCUGCAGCGAGUGCACCAGCGGCACCUCGGAGUGCAUGUGGUGCAGCAACAUGAAGCAGUGCGUGGACUCCAACGCCUACGUGGCGUCCUUCCCGUUCGGCCAGUGCAUGGAGUGGUACACCCUGAGCAACUGUCCACCUGAAAACUGCUCCGGCUACAGAACAUGCGGCCAGUGUUUGGACCAGCCCGGUUGCGGCUGGUGCACGGACCCCAACAACACGGGGAAAGGCCAGUGCAUCGAGGGUUCCUACCGAGGGCCCUUCCAGACGUUGGUCCCGGCGCCAUCCACCCUGCCCGGUCUGCCCGCCAGCCCCCAGCCCUCCCUGAACUCCAGCAUGUGCCCCAGUGAAGCCAAGUAUAACUGGUCCUUCAUUCACUGCCCAGCCUGUCAGUGUAAUGGCCACAGUCAGUGUGUCAACGAGAGCGUGUGCGAAAAGUGCGAAGACCUGACAACCGGCCGACACUGCGAGAGCUGCAUCUCCGGUUUCUACGGCGAUCCGACCAACGGGGGCAGCUGCCAGCCAUGUAAGUGUAACGGCCAUGCCAGCAUGUGCAACCCCAGCAACGGGAAAUGCUUCUGCACCACCAAAGGCAUCAAAGGAGAUCGGUGCCACAUGUGUGAAGUGGAGAGCCGUUACCAAGGCAACCCCCUCAAAGGGACAUGCUACUACACGCUCCUCAUCGACUACCAGUUCACCUUCAGCCUGUCGCAGGAGGACGACCGCUACUACACCGCCAUCAACUUCGUGGCCACACCCGAGGAGGUAUGUCAGGCAGAAAACGCCCCGCCGUCAUGGCAGCUGUCCACUUGCUAA